GAACAAGUUCAAGAAAGGUAAGCUGUGAGCCUGUGAUGGUCUUUUCAUAUGCAGACCAUUCAUCACAACAGCAAAGAUGGUGGCUUGGUCCAAGUUGAAGGUGAUGAAGGACAAGUACAAAAACCUUUUGCUAGCAAUCCUCAUUUCUAGUUACUUCAAGAUUUUUCUUAUGGCCAUGAUGGUUUGGAAAUUGCCAUCCUCUGUGAUUUUCAUCAUUGAUGUAUUUGUUCUAUCAUCCAACACUCUGGCUUUGAAAGUGAUCACUGGCUCAGGUAUGAGCAGAUGCCCAGAGGCCUGCUUCGUUGCACAUGCUGUUAAGUUGUUUGUCAGUCAGAGUUGACCAGCUUUCAUUCAUCAAGAUUUUUACAAGAUUUAAACAUAUUUAGGUGUGAAAUGCCAAUUUAUAGCGUUUAAGCAUUGAUUUGGAUUUGAGUUUUAUUUGUAACUAUUUUUGUUUGUUAUUCUCUGCUAACCCACCUGCAGUGGCUGAAUCAUGCCCCAAAUAUGAAUGUAAGCAAGGUGUGGUAAUUUUGUAGAAGAAGAAUUAUUUAUUGUAAUGAAAAUUGGUGAGUCUGUUAA